AUGGCCGCCACUCGUGUUGCACUUUCAUCAGCGAUGAGGCGACCUGCCUCGCUGUCUCUGGCAAUUUCGCCAGCCCUUCGACAGCCUGUUCGUCUUCUUGCUACACACGCCGCCAACACCACAAAGAAGCCUUGCGCAGACUACAUCUCGCUCUCUCAUCCCGAUGGUGACGCUUCCAAGGGAUCAAAGCUCGCAGAUACCCUCGAGCGCUUCUCGCACUCCGUCCUUGCCACCUACUCUCGCCCACAGCUCAUCUUCACCCGCGGUAAAGGUCUUGACCUUUAUGCAUCUGUCGACCCCAACACCAAUGGCGGCCACUCCGAACGAAAGUACCUCGACUUUUCCUCAGGUAUUGCCGUCAACUCGUUGGGUCACGCUGAUCCCAAGAUCGCCGAGAUCGCCGCCGAUCAGAGUGCCAAGUUGGUCCACGCCAGCAACUUGUAUCACAACGAAUGGUCGGGGGAGCUCGCAGAUAAGAUGGUCAACUUGACCCAUCAGCACGGUGGACUGGGCUUCGAGAAGGGCACCAAGCCACAGGAGAGUGGCACCGCCGGCUUGAAGGUUUUCCUGGCCAACUCUGGAACCGAAGCCAACGAGGCUGCGCUCAAGUUUGCCAGGAAAGCAGCAAAGAGUCACCCCUCCAAAGGCGGAAAGCAAAAGACUGGGCUUGUCAGCUUCACCAACGCUUUCCACGGCAGGACCAUGGGUGCGCUCGCCAUGACCCCCAACCCCAAGUACCAGGCUCCCUUUGCACCUUUGAUUGGAGACGUUCGCACGGGCACGUACAACGACGUCGCCGGUGUCGAAUCGCUCAUCGACGAGACAGUUGCAGGUGUCAUUGUCGAGCCUGUCCAGGGUGAGGGCGGUAUCUACCCUGCAUCGCUCGAGUUCCUCCAGGCGCUCAGGAAGAGGUGUGACGAGGUCGGCGCCAUGCUCAUCUAUGACGAGAUUCAGUGCGGUCUCUACCGUGCUGGUACCUUGUGGUGCCACAGCGACUACCCGACCUCGGCGCAUCCCGAUAUGGUGACCAUGGCCAAGCCGCUCGCUAACGGUUUCCCCAUCGGUGCCGUGCUGAUUCGCGACAAGGUUGCCAACCUCAUUGCUGUCGGUGACCACGGCACCACGUUCGGUGGUGGACCGCUCACCAGCCGCAUCGCUCAUCACGUCCUCAGUCGUCUGUCGAGCCAGGAGUUGGGCGAGUCGAUGAAGGAGUCGUCUCAGGCUCUGUUCAGCCGACUCAGCAACUUGGUCGCUAUGUUCCCCGACCUGCUGCUCAACGACCCCGAGGCGGGCAAGCCCAGCCCCCGUGGCAAGGGCUUGAUCGUGGGUGUCAGCACCAAAGAUCCAUCUCACGCCGGCAAGGUUGCGCAGCUGGCCCGUCAGCGCGGGCUGCUGAUUCUCACGGCCGGUUCGGAUACCAUCAGGAUUCUGCCCAGUCUGACGGUGACCAGGGAGCAGAUCGACAAAGCGGUAGACAUCAUCGAGUCGUGCCUGCUUGUCGUGCGCGAUGAGAUGCAACGCUCGUCAUCCGCCUCUACCUCUGCCUCUGCUUCGUCGUCGAGUGCUGGCGCUCAGCAGCAAGUUCGAGCGUUCUCCUCGUCUGCUCGAUCCUCUGCCACCGUAACUACCACCGAGCAAGCGAGCGCGGACCAGAUUCAGUCGCUCUACAAGGACUUCAUCGCCCUUGCCCAGUCGUGGCCCAAAGACCCGCUCCGUCCCGAGAUUGACUUUGGCGCCUCGAUUACGGCCGCCGCGCAAACCGCCCUUCUUUCGGUUCAAUCCCAAGCCGCGGUGCACCCGGAACAGGUCCACGCUGCCAAGCCUGGGGAUCCUCUCCCUACCCCAUUGCCAGGUACCAAGACGCUGACGACCGCCGAGCUCGAGUACGCACAGAAGAGUCUGGACCUGCUCACGGAGCUCAAGGAGGGCAAGGUGUCGAUGAAGUACCCCCUGCCAGAGAGCAUGUUGAAGCCCAAGGCGAUGCCGGACUACUACGACCGAUUGACGCGGAGCAUCGAUCGGGCGGUCAAGGGACAGGGUUCGAACAUGAGCUUCAGCGACAAGAUCAAGCGGUUCUUCGGUCGUGAUUAG